UUUAAAUGGAAAUUUAAUAAAUUCUGGUGAAAAUGUUCUCUUUUCCUUUAUGCAUCGAUCACUAUCUGAUUGUUGAUCAAAAAACCGAAUUUGAAUGGAAAUUAAUUUAGUCUUUUUCAAAUUAGAUAAUAAAUCACUCGAUUCACGAAUAAUUCGACAAAUAUUUAAAUAUAAAGAUUUCACCAUAUCAAGCAGUUUAACAAGUUUUUAAAGACUUAAAUAAAGUUAAUGAAUUAAUAUAGCUUAUAAUAAAAAUUAGAAAGGACAUCAUUUAUACUUAAUAUAAGGAAGCAAAUACAAGUAAUUAUUUUUAAAUAAAUAGAUGAAACAUAUUCAAUGUUUGGAACUUAUUCAGAUUUAUAGAAUUAUCUUGGUAAAUAUUUUGAGAUAGAAAUGCAACCAUAAUAUAAUAAAUAUUAAUUGACUGAAUAUGGAAUAAUGGAUUUGUUGGUAUUUGGCUUUUUACACAAAAGUAGAAGUUUUCAUAGGGUAAUAACAAAGGGUAUAGCUCCUUAAAUAUCAUCUUUAUACAGUUGGUAUUAGAAUUUUAUGGCAAGAUUUGAAAUAAAUAACAUGAUUGAUCCAAAUUAUUUACCAAGAAAGGAAAAAAGAGUUUAAAUAUAGAAGAAUAAAGAAUAAAAAAGCAAUCCUGAAUUGAUUGAGUCAAUAAAAGAUGAUAAAUUCAUUGUGUUUAAAGAUUUGAUAGAGAAAGGUGUUUCAAUAUAUACAGCUUCUUUAAGAGAUAAAGAAAAAAUGCUAGUUCCUCAUUUAGUAUGUGCAUUUGCAAGAAUAAAUUAUGCAGAAUAUUUAUAAAGUAAAAAUGUAGAUUGGGAAUGUGAAGAUAAUGAUAGAAUGACUCCUUUAUUUUAUGCUAUAAGAAGUGAAUCUAAAGGAAUGAUUGAAUAUCUUCUUAACUAAAAAGUUAAUUUAGAACAUAAAGAUAUUUAAAAUAGAACUCCAUUUUAUUAUGCUUGUUCAUUAGGAUAAUUAUUUAUAAUUAGAUUUCUUGUUGAAAAAGGAGCAGAUAUAAAUGCUAGAACAGCUUUGGGAAGAACUCCAUUUUCAAAAACAAGUUUUUUAGGAUUAUAUAAUGUGGUUGAAUAUCUCCUUUAAUAACCUAAUAUAGAUUUCAAUUAUGCAGAUAAAUAAGGAAGAAAUGCAUUACAUAAUGCAGUAUUUGGUCCAAAAGGUGGCAGAGAUGGAAGAAAGGUUGGAACUUGGUGUUAUGAUAGUCCUUUAAUUGCUUAAUUAUUACUAGAACAUGGAAUGGAUGUAGAGGCUAAAGAUAAGGAUGAUAAUACUCCAUUACAUGUAGCAGCAUCAAGUGAAGCUUUAACUUCAAUUCCUGUUUUAAUAGCAUUUGGCUGUAAUAUUAAUAGUAGAAAUAAAUGGGGAGAAACUGCUUUAAUUGUAGCUGCUAAAUUUAAUCAUCAUGAAACUGCUAAAUUAUUGAUUGAAAAUUAAGCAGAUUUUCUUUUAGAAAAUGAAGGAUUCACAGCCAUGGAAAUUGCAGCUAAAAAUUAUCAAUUUGAAACAUUUUAAUAUUUAUUAGAUUAAAUGAAACCUUAUUUAUUAGAAAUAGAAAAAAUUAAAAAAAAUAAAUUGCAAGAAGUUCUUUAAUCUUUAAUGAAUAUUACUAAGAAUUUGAAAGAAAAUAAAUAUGUAAAAUAUUUCUUGUAGCAUUUUUAACCAACUUAUGAUCAAGAUCAUGCAAGUUUCAUAAUUGAAAUGUAAGACGGUUAAAAUGAACUUAUGUAAAGUUAUCUUAAAAACUAAAUUAUUUCACAAGAAUAAAUUAAUAAUUCUUUUGAACUUUGUUUAAAAAGGAAAAAUAUGUCAAUAUUUAAAUAAUUAUGUAUACAUUCCAAAUUUGAAUAUAAAGUCAGCUUAUAAAAAUCAUUAAUUGCAAUGUUGCUUGAAUCAACAGAAUUAGACCUUUUACUUUUUUAAUUUAAUAUUGAUUGGUUUAAUUAUAGAAGCAAAUUAGGAGAGACAUUUCUACAUAAACUAAUAGAAAAAAGGAAAACUGAAACACUUUUAAAAAUAUUACAUUUUUUUUAAGAAAUAAUAGAUUAAACCAUUUAAAGCCACUAUAGGAAUUGCUUUUUAAAAUUGAUUACUAAAAAUGAUAUUUAUAAUUUUAUAAUCUUUUAAAAUACAAGUUCAUCUACAAUUAUUGAAAUAGCUGUUAUUCAUAAAUUUAUGGAUAUUUAUUAAAUGCUUGAUAACUUUAUUUCAGUAAACUAUGACUCAAAAUAAGGACUGAAAUUUAAAUUGAUUAAUUAUAAAAUUGAAUUAGAUCAUGCCACUAAACUACCUUAAGUCUUACUAAAAGAAGAAUAAAACUAUAAAUUUAUCAGGAAGUUUUCAGAAGUUACAUAAUUAACUGAAAAAGAAAUAUUAUUUUUUGAAAAAAUUUUAAUCAAUUAUAAGGCAGGAAAAACUGCUUUAACUUAAUAUUAUUAAGAACUUUAAUCAAAAAAAUAAUUAAUUGUUGUUGAAACAGAAAAAUAAUUAGAAUAACAUAUGAAUAAUAUAAUUCAUAAUUAUAAUAUUAUAGGGGUAGAUAUUGAACAUUAUUCUGAUAAAAUAGAUUAGUAUAAAAUUUCAUUUGCUUGCACAAUUUAAUUAUCUACUAUAGAUAUAGAUUAUGUAAUAGAUAUAAUGAAAUUGAGGCAUGUCUGUAAUAAAUAUUUAGAACCUAUUUUCCAAAAUUAAUAACUCUUAAAAAUUUUUCAUGGUUGUGAUGUUGAUUUAAGAGUUCUAUUUUGUGAUUUAAAAAUAAUUGUGAAAUAAAUAUUAGACACAAGCAAGAUUGAUAUGGCUUUAAUGAAAUCUCCAAAUGCUUAAUCUUUAGAAAAAUUGUGCAAAUAAUAUUUGAACAUUCAUUUAGAUAAGCUCUAUCAAACUUCUGAUUGGAGAAUAAGACCAUUGCCUCAAUAAAUGAUAGAGUAUGCUAGGUUAGAUUCAGCAAGUCUGUUAUUUUUAUAUCCAAUAUUGAUAGAUGAGGUAAUUAUAAAAUCAUAUCUUAAAGUGCAGGAAAUUCAAUUUAGUCACCAAAGUGUUCAAUUAAUGCCAAAAAUUGAGUUUGAUUACACAAUAUCCAUUAGUAAAUAUUAUAAAUAAAGAUUGA